CGUGUGUGAAUCAUCGAAUGAAUGAAUUGGUAUUGGUACACAUGUAUUAUUUGUCAGAGAGAAAAAUAAAAAAAAAAAAUAUACGACGUGAUAUGCUCACACAAUAAAAUUGAUAAAUAAUUUCUUUGUAGAAAAAAUCAUUUCUUGUAAAAACUAGUGCGAUAAGAUAAUCAGUGUCAUCAUCGAAAAGUAUUUGUGUUUUUUUCUAUCGAAAUCUUGAUAAAAAUACCAAACUGCCAUAAAUAAAUUUUUACCCAACACUUAAUUAUUAAAAUAACAAUAAAAUUAUUUAUUAAUAAUUAAAAUUUAAAUCAGUGUUGGUAUAUAUUAUGUGGUGAUAAUGGAAAUGAAAAUAAUAAUUUUACUAUUUCUUAGUGUAAUAUCAACAAUAAAUAGUAGCUGUGACAUAACAAGUGCAGUAUUUGAUAAUGUUUUAGAUGGAAUGCCAGCAGCAUUUGGUGAUUAUGAUUCAGAUGAAUUAACUGAUGUAUUUGUUAUACGUAAAGAUGGUAAAACAUUAGAAAUAUUACUAUCAAAUGAACAUGAACCAUUACUACGUUCAACAAAUUUAACAUGUAAAUUUGAAAAUCGUAUAACAAGUAUUGUACCUGGUGAUUAUGAUGGAAAUGUAUUUAUGGAUAUACUUGUGACGACACUAGAUAAUGAUAAUAUAUUGACAAAUGUUUAUGUACUAUGGAAUGAUGAUGGUACAUUAAAUUGUUCUGGUACAUCAAAACCAUUAAUUAAAAUGAUUGGUCAACCAUUGACUAUUGAUUAUAAUCAAGAUAUGAUUAUUGAUUUAUUUGGUACUGAUGCUGAUAAUCAUCGUACAUUUUGGAUAUUUAAUAAUGGACAAAAUUCACCAGAACCAAUACAAAUGAAUACAACAAUUUCAACAUCAAUAAGAUCACCACAUUCAAAUGCAUUUUUAGAUUUAAAUGGUGAUUUUUAUCCAGAUAUUAUGAUAACAACAAAUGAACAUGUUGAAAUAUGGAAUGGAUCAAAUAAAGGUUUUAAUUAUUUUAAAAAAAUAAAAUGGCCAUAUGAUAUUAUUGAUUCAAUUAAUGGACAUAUUGGACAAUCAUUAAAUCUUGAUGUUGAGCUAAGAGGUGAACUUGAUUUAAUUUUACCAAUAUGUUUUGAUAAUGAUUGUAAAAAUAGUACAAUUGCUAUUUAUAAUAAUGGCUGGCAUAAUAUGAAUAUUAAUUUUAUUGAUGAUCAUAAUGAUACAUGGGGUUUUGUACCAAGUAAUUCUGAUAAUGAUAAAUUAUAUAAUGAUGCAAUAACAUUACGUGGUGGUGAUUUUAAUAUGGAUGGUUAUCCAGAUCUUUUAGCAACUCUUAAAUCAUCUAAAACACAAAUAAUACGUUCAUUUUUAUUGAUAAAUAGUCCAUGUAUUAAAAAUUGUAAAUAUAUUAAAAGAACAUUUGUUAUUGAAGAUUGGAAUACAUUUAAUACAUUUAAAAAUGAUACAAUAAUGGCUGUAUUUUAUGAUUUUUAUCAAAAUGGUAUAUUAGAUGUUAUACUUGUACAACAUGAUAAAAUUCAUAAUAAAUAUCAAGUUGGAGCAUUUAAAAAUGAUCUUGAUUAUGAUGCUAGUUUUAUUAAAGUUAUGGUAUUAACUAGUUUAACAAAUCCAGAUUAUCCAUUAUCAUAUGGUAGUUUGGGUAAAAAAAAAAGAACAUAUGGUACAAAUUUACCUGGACCAUCAAUAUCAUAUGAUACAACAACACAAGAGGGUAAUCAUAGAAAAGCUAUUGCUGCUCAAUUACCACAAAGUGCACAUUUUUCACUUAAUUUACCUUAUACAACAUUUGGACUUGGUAGAACACCAAAUUUUGUUGAUAAACUACUCAUUGGGGUCGCUGGAUAUUCACGUGAAUGGCGUCAAAUUAUACCAAAUUCACAAAUGGUUGUUAUACCAAAACCAAUUGAUUAUCCACCUGGAUGGAAAGCACAAUUAUUUGUUACACCAAGUAAAUUAAUAUACAUGAGUGCUGCAGCAUUAGCUGGUACAUGUGUUCUUAUUUCUUUUAUUAUACUUUAUCUUUGGUGGAAAGAAAGACGUGAGGAUAAAUUUGAAAGACUUCAAGAAGCACACAGAUUUCAUUUUGAUGCUAUGUAGAUAUAAAUAUUAAUCACUUUUAAUUAUAAUA